AUGCCCCAAGGCCAUGGGACAAGGCUGUCCCACCCAUCCAGGACCUGCAUAAAAGCCGGACCAGAGCCUCUCUCCCUCACACACUUCACCUCACGCCUUCUCCUUCUGCUCCUGUUGACAACAAGCCCUGCCUCAUCCCCUUCUCUUCCAGGGACCCUCCACACCACACCCAUGGCGUGCUACGACAUCUGCCGUCCCUGCGGACCCACCCCGCUGGCCAACAGCUGCAACGAGCCCUGUGCCCUGCAAUGCCAGGACUCCCGCGUCAUCAUCAACCCUUCCCCUGUGCUGGUGACCCUGCCAGGCCCCAUCAUGACUUCCUUCCCCCAGAACACCGCUGUUGGAUCCACCUCCUCGGCUGCUGUGGGCACUGAACUCAGUGUGCAGGGACAGCCCAUCUCUGGUGGAUUUGGUGGCUUUGGCUAUGGCCUUGGCUAUGGCCGUGGAUUUGGCUAUGGGCUGGGAGGCCUGGGCUGCUAUGGCAGAAGGGGUGGCUACAACUGCUAA